UGGGUGUGCUGGACUGCUGGUCAGUCGUGUGGAUGACUCCGUGAAGAGAGGAGGCUCAUGUAGAUUGCUGCGGGUUUUUUCGUGUUUGUUUUUGCUUGGUGUCGCAUUUGUACUGUGAAGUCUAGUGAAGUGUUGCUAUCCCUUUUUUUUGCUGGGUUAUAAAGUCGAGAAUUGUUCGUUGAUGUUGUUUUGAGUAGGCUGUGGCGAGGCCAGCAGAGGAAAUAGUCUAGUUUGUCGUGCCUCUGGUCUCUGAGAGGAAUCUUGUUAGACUGGAGAUGGAUGUCUCUGCUGGUGUUAGUGAUGCUGGUGAAGAUUUAGCCAACCAAUCAUUCUCCUUGGUGGAUUGUUUCGAUGACUUUGAUAGUCACCAUACAGGGUGGGACAUCCCCUUAAAUCCAGAUGAAAUUGUCAUGGGUGAAAGCUCAACUGCCUAUUUUCUUGCAGACCCUCAUCUGUGUUUUUUAAUCCUUGAACAGGAUCAACCUGACGAGGUUGAUGCUGAUAGUGUCUUGGAAUUGGAAAAGUUCCUCUUCGGUCCAUCAGCAGAAGAAGAAAAUUUGAUUUUGGAUUUUAAUUUCGAAGUGGAGCCCCCACAUGGGCAGACUGUCCCUUCAUGUGGUGACGACUUAGUUUGUGAGAUUGAAGAUACUCGUGCUCAAGACUUAAUACUACUUGAAGAGGUAUGGGGUUUGGAUUUUGAAGUGGUUUUCCCACAUGAACCAAAAAUAUCUGAAAAUGAUGAAGGUUCAUCCCAAAUGGAUGCUUUUGUCCAAGCAAGAAAAUUGGUCAUACAGCCAGGCUUGUGUGACGAAGCUCUAGCUAUCGAAAGAGACAACCAAUCCCAAAGCCCCACCGAAGACACAUCCUUGAUGGAUCACAAGCCUUUACCGGAAAUUCCUCGCGAUCUCCAAUAUGUACCGACUUUCUCGGAAAGUGUUGACGGUGAUGAGGAUGUGUUCUCCAAGUACGAUUACCGUGACCUUGUCAACAUUCAACAAUUGGAUUUUGAGCUCUUUGAAGCACAACGUCAGAAAGGUCCUACAUUUGAUGACGUUUUAGUCGAGGAUGCUUUUGCCCAAGCAAGAAAAUUGGUCAUACAGCCAGGCUUGUGUGACGAAGCUACAGCUAUCGAAAGAGACAACCAAUCCCAAAGCCCCACCGAAGACACAUCCUUGAUGGAUCACAAGCCUUUACCGGAGAUUCCUCGCAUCACCAACCUCAAGCUGGCCGGACAGGCCCUGGCAGACAUCCUGAUGGUCUACGAGUUCCUUCACACGUUCGGCGAAACGCUGGGCUUUGACAUGGAGAGUCUGCCGUCGCUGGACUGUCUCCAGAGAGCCCUGCUCUACGACAGCGAAGCCGAGGAGGAACUGCUUUUGGUCAUGACACACUUGCUGGUUUAUUGCGUUGAAGAUCCGGGCAUUCCGCAUCCCAACAGUUACACGACCCUUUUGGGACAGAUGCUGAAGCAGACCGACAUUACGACGACCAACGUUAGCGAGAUAUUGCGCAUCUACUUGGAAGCCAACGGAUUGGGUGACGUGACAAUGCCGACCUCCGACCAGAUCACGUCCAGCCCUCUGAAGCUGGCCGCCGGUGAAUAUCCGGACACGGAAGCCUUCCUCAUGUCCGAGUGGCUUAAACGCAAGCCUUUCCUAUCACUCAAUCCCACCCAAAAGGCGGCCAUUUUGGGAUUUAUGGUCAACGAAUUACUCCAGAACAAGGCCGUCAUUGGUCAAAUCGAAGGUGCCAUCGAGGGUCAGAACACGGCCAGAAGAGAUCGCUUGAUCGUGGACAUGAAAAUUGAGAAGCUCAAAACGCUUCAUUCUAAAAAGCAUCGCAUUCCGGAAGAGGCGGAUGCAGACAGUGGGGGUGAAGCCGACGACAAUGCAGAUCAAGGCGAUGAGGGUGAAGAGGAAAAUCUUCCUGUGGAGGAGUUGAAACGGAAGAUUGAACGUUUAGGCCGGCAAAGUGCCCAAAUGUUGACUCAGUUAGCCUUGUCCGAUUUGCAAUUGCGAGCGCUCAAUAUGGGCCAGGAUCGCUUCCGGCGACGUUUGUGGAUCUUGCCGCACGCUGGCGGCGUCUACCUCGAAGCUCUAGAGUCCGGAGAAGCCAACGCCGGGCUACUGGGCACCUGGGACGGCAAACCCGCCCCUCCAAUCGGCCCUCAGCGCAACGGCGACGAGCCCAUGCCGGAAUUCCCACCAGUCAAAAGCGAGCCGAUCUCUGAUGAGCCUAAACCGACUCUGCCUGUGCCAAAAAUUGAACCAGAAGAUAAAGAAACUCCUAGUCUUCAGGAACCAAUGGAAGUGGACCAACCGGCCGUUAAAACGGAGUUGGUCGAAGAAGCAACGACGGCCACCGCUGUCAAGAGUGAAGAAAACAAGGGAAUGAUACCAGUCACAGCCGAGGUCGUUCUGAAAAAGGAAGAAGGGGCACAGGAAGCUCUUCCGGCUCUGUGGUUCAGCCUCUUCCCCCACAGUCCAUGCGAUGGCCAUUCAUCCGCCAACCAGGGCAAGGAUCGUUUCGGCUCGGACGCCGAAGACGAAGGUGAAGGUCGUGUCUCAAAGAAAGAAGAAGCGGCCAAGGAAGAGGCUGAGGAAAUUAUAAUGCAACCUAUUCCGGAAGAAAUGACCCGUGGCUGGUGGCGGAUCGUCGAUCCGGAACAAGUCAAAACUUACGUCGAAUCGCUACAUCCUCGAGGCGUUCGCGAGAAGGAGCUCAGCUGGAUGUUGACACGAUUUAUGGACUUAGCUCGCGAAUCGUGUUUGAAGGGCAAUCCCGAACAUUUGCUGCUGAAGGAACUGCGCAACGCCGACGAGGUCAAACUGGUGGGCGGAGCCGCUUUGCCGGAUGCGGAAGGUUCGUGGUCGAGAGAGACGUCUCUGCGGGGUGACAUUCUCCUGCUGGAACAGAUCGAAGCCCUGGAAGAUCGCGUGGCCUCUGCCAGCAUGCAAGUCAAAGGGAAACGCUGGAAAUUGCCCGCCCGGGCCACUUCUGAGAUGAAUUUGAAAAUCCGCACGCCCGGAGACACGUCGUCUGAUGAUGACGAUGACGAAGACGAAAGAGUUAACCCCAUACAGCUGGCCAAAGAAAGGCUGUUGAGCGUCGAACUGGCCAUCGAACGUCGUUACCUGAAAGCUCCUCUCGGUCAGAGCAAAAGCGAUCUGGUUCAGAGCGUCCUGUCCGGCUCUUGCCCGUCCAGCGAGCCGCCCAAAGCCCUGCUGACAUGGCGAGAGGCCGUCAAACGCUGCGAAACGGCCGCCCAGGUCUCCAUGUGCUUUUACGUUCUGGAAACAUCCGUGGCCUGGGACAAAUCGAUCGUGAAGGCCAGCUGCCAAUUUUGCCACAGUGGCGAUAAAGAGGACCAACUGUUGUUAUGCGACGGAUGUAACAAAGGUUACCAUACCUACUGCUUCCGGCCACCCAUGGAUAACAUCCCAGUUGGCGACUGGUUCUGUUACGAGUGCCGUAACAAAGCUACCAUAAAGAUGCUACCCUAAAAAUGCCAAAGCCCACUAUUGUCUCUCCGUCUUCCCUUUAUACUUAAAAAAAGACACAUGUAAAAGACACGUGACGUUUGUAUUUAAAAAAUUUGCCCACCAAGUGAGCAUCACUUGCCAUAAUUUAUUUGUCCCAUGCAUUUAAAUUUUACAUUCGCAUCCUGACCAAACUCACACCCUUUCGGAAAAUACGGUUAUGCGUAUCUAUAUACGCAAUGCAAACACUAUUCGUUCUUCUUUAUUCGAUUUGCUUGUAUUUUUGUAUGUAUUUUCGUCUUGACAUCUUUCAUUCAAAAAUUUCUUUAAAAUGUUAACAGUUUUCGAAAUGUUCUCUUGUCUGAUAAAUAAUCAAAAUAU